UAAAUUUUCGUCUGGUUCGCAUGUUCCUGGAAAACCUGGUCAAUGCGUUUGAUGUGGGAAUAGACAAAACCCGGAUCGGUCUGGCCCAGUACAGUGGAGAUCCGAGGAUUGAAUGGCACUUGAAUGGCUUCAGCACAAAAGAUGCAGUGAUAGAUGCUGUCAAAAACCUGCCAUACAAGGGAGGCAACACUCUUACAGGUCUUGCUCUCACCUACAUCCUGGAGAACAGCUUCAAACCUGAGUCUGGGGCUCGUAUGGAUGUUCCCAAAAUUGGAAUCCUGAUAACUGAUGGCAAAUCCCAGGAUGAUGUCAUCCCGCCUGCUCAGAUCCUGAGAGAAGCUGGAAUCGAGUUAUUUGCCAUUGGUGUAAAGAACGCAGAUGAGAACGAGUUGAAAGCCAUCGCCUCUGAACCGGAUGAGACACACGUUUAUAAUGUUGCUGACUUCAGUAUCAUGAGCACUAUAGUGGAUGGUCUGACCAGGACUGUGUGUGAUAGAGUGGAGCAGCAGGACAAAGAAAUCAAACAAGAUUCUUAUCCUGAAGAGACAGCAUUCCCACCUCAGGACUUGGUCAUUUCUGAUGUGACUGCACACAGUUUCCAUGUGUCCUGGACUCACGCUCCUGGCAAUGUGGAAAGAUAUCGCGUGGUUUACCAUCCAACCAGAGCAGACGUGCUAGAAGAGAUUGUGGUGAGUGGCACUGAGAAUUCAGUCCUACUGCAGAAUUUGAACUCUCUGACUGAGUACGAGAUCGCUGUGUUUGCUUUAUACCGCAGCUCAGCGAGUGACGCUCUCAGAGGCAAUGAGAUCACAUUGGCUCUACCUACAGUGAGUGAUCUUGAACUGUACGACGUGACUGACAAUAGCAUGAAAGCUCGCUGGAGGGAUGCACAAGGGGCUUCUGGAUACAUGAUACUGUACGCUCCACUGAGCACUGACACUAUAGAUGAAAGAGAGCUGAAGGUGGAUGAGACAGUGAAUGAUGUGGAACUGAAGGGCUUGAUUCCUGAUACAGAGUAUUCCGUGAUGGUCUAUGCCAUGUUUGGAGAGGUGGCCAGUGAUCCAGCUACCGCUCAAGAGACCACCAUGUCCCUGAGGCCUCCACAUAAUCUGCGUAUCACUGAAGUUGACCACAGCUCUGUCCGACUCAACUGGGACACAGUGUCCAGUAAGGUUAAGGGCUACGUUGUCCUGUAUAUCAAGACAGAUGGUGUCCAUACCAAUGAGGUGGUGUUGGGUCCAGUCACCAAUGUGUACCUUAAGAACUUGUCACCCUCAACAGAGUACACCGUUGCAGUUUUUGCUCUUUAUGAUGCCGGUCAAUCAGAGCCACUCAGUGGAGGAUUCACUACAAAGCUCGUUCCGCCCCCAUUCAGCCUGAUGACUACUGAGGUCACCUCAGAGAGUCUCCGGGUGAGAUGGUCACACCCUGCCAGGGAUGUGGUGCUCUAUAAGCUGGCCUGGUCAGCAACUGGAGGAGGAGACGAGAAAGAGAUGCUGCUGAAUGGAGCUGUGGACUCGUAUGUGAUACAAAACCUGUCUCCUCUCACGAACUAUAAGGUGUCACUAUCGGCCGUCUAUAAAGAUGAGACAGAGAGCAUUGCUGUGGUCUUGUUAGAAAACACAUUAGGCUGGACCACAGCUCCAACCACCCUCGCCUUCACCACAGCAAUUGUUCGACUGGGCGUGACUAACCUGUGGGUGGAUGACGAGACCCCCUUCAGUCUACAAGUGAGCUGGGAGGUGCUGGACUCAGAUGUGAAGCAGUACAAAGUGACAUAUGUCAGUGCAGACCACGCAGAGGAGACAGUGUUAGUCCCGGAAAACAGGAUGAGAGUGAUCCUGCAACCUCUCCUCUCAGAAACAGAGUACAAGAUUACAGUGACCCCUAUUUAUGCAGAUGGAGAGUCCACCAUACUAUCCAUGGCCUCUUCCGGCAAAACAUUGGCACUAUCUGCUCCCAGUAACCUUAGAGUGUCUGAGGAAUGGUACAAUCGCUUCCGCAUCAGCUGGGACACCCCUCAAAUCACCACUUUGGGUUACAGGGUCAUCUAUCAGCCCAUCUCUGUGUCAGGUCCAGCUCUAGAGAAAUUUGUUGGGGAUGAUGUGGACACCAUGCUGCUCCCCGAUCUGCUGAGUGGCACAGAGUACAGCAUCCAGGUCAUCACCUCCUACACCAGCGGAUCCAGCCAACCCCUCACCGGCAAGGGCAGGACAUUGUUCCUGGGGGUGAAUCAUCUCAACACAUACCAGGUGCACAGUACCAGCAUGUGUGCACAGUGGCAGCCUCAACACAAUGCCUCCCUCUACAGAGUCGUCAUUGAGUCAAUGCUCAAUGGACAGAAACAGGAAGUGAAGAUUGGUGGCAGUGUAUCCAGGCAGUGCUUCUUUAAACUUUCUCCCAACACCCAGUACAAAAUCAGCGUCUUCACUCUUUUACAGGACUUGGAGGGCCCAGCUGUCAUCACCAUGGCAACUACUUCUCCAGCACCCACCCAACCACCAACUGUAUCACCUACUACGAUCCCUCCUCCUACGAUCCCUCCAGCUAAAGAAGUUUGUAAAGCAGCCAAGGCAGACCUGGCUUUCCUUGUAGAUGGCUCGUGGAGUAUUGGAGAUGACAACUUUCAGAAGAUUAUCCGCUUCCUAUACAGCACAACUGGUGCGCUUGACGUGAUUGGCCCAGAGGGAACACAGGUGGCCAUUGCUCAGUUCAGUGACGAUGCCAGGACUGAGUUCAAGCUCAGCUCCUAUAGUGACAAGGAGUCUCUACUGGACGCUGUGCAGCGCAUCUCCUACAAGGGUGGAAACACUAAGACAGGCCGAGCCAUUAAGCAUGUUAAGGAGGCCAUCUUUACUGAGGAUGCUGGUGUAAGGAGGGGAAUUCCUAAAGUGCUGGUGGUGCUCACAGACGGACGGUCACAGGAUGAUGUCAAUAAGAUCUCCAAGGAGAUGCAGAUGGAGGGCUACAUCAUCUUUGCCAUUGGCUUUGCCGAUGCUGACUACGGGGAGCUGGUGAACAUUGCCAGUAAACCUAGCGAGAGACAUGUGUUCUUUGUAGACGAUUUGGAUGCUUUCAAGAAAAUUGAAGAACAGCUCAUAACUUUUGUCUGUGAGGCUGCGACUGCCACUUGCCCCUCGGUGUUAAUGAGUGGGAACACUUUAGCCGGCUUCCGAAUGAUGGAGAUGUUUGGUUUGGUUGAAAAGCGCUACAGCAGUGUGCAAGGUGUCUCAAUGGAGCCUGGAACCUUCAACAGCUUCCCCUGUUACAGGCUGCACAAGGACGCACUCAUCUCCCAGCCUACCAGGUAUCUACAUCCAGAAGGCCUUCCCUCUGACUACACGAUAACAGUGCUCUUCCGCAUACUGCCUGAAACUCCUGAGGAGCCUUUUGCAUUGUGGGAAAUACUUGACAAAAACAAUCAGCCACUGGUUGGCAUUAUCCUGGACAAUGGAGGGAAAACCUUAACCUUCUUCAAUCACGACUACAAGGGAAACUUUCAAACGGUGACUUUUGAAGGAACCGAAAUUAAGAAAAUGUUCUAUGGCAGUUUCCAUAAGCUUCAUGUGGCCAUCAGCAAAACCACAGCCAAAGUGGUGAUCGACUGCAAGACAGUGGGAGAGAAACCCAUCAAUGCCGCAGGAAACAUCACUAUUGAUGGAGUCGAGGUUCUGGGACGCAUGGUCCGCUCUCAUGGAAGGAGGGACAACUCAGCACCGUUUCAGCUCCAAAUGUUUGACAUAGUCUGCAGUACAUCAUGGGCCAGUCGUGAUAAGUGCUGUGAACUCCCAGGAUUGAGAGUAGAACAAGACUGUCCUGCCAUGCCCCAUGCCUGCACCUGUGCUCAGGACAGCAAAGGACCACCCGGACCCUCUGGACCACCAGGCGGUCCAGGUAUUAGAGGUUCAAGAGGAGAUCGAGGGGAGCCAGGCUUGAUGGAGACUGCACGGCAUUCACACUUUGUUUCAGCAGCCCAGCUUGUGGGGCCUCAAGGGCUACCUGGUGAGAUUGGACCUCUUGGACCACAGGGGCCACCAGGUCCUCAGGGGCCAAAUGGACUGUCCAUUCAGGGGCCACCGGGGGCUCUAGGAGAGAAAGGAGAGAAGGGUGAAACUGGUCUGCCAGGCCCUCAGGGUGUACCGGGUGCCAGUGGAGGGCCUGGCAGAGAAGGACCUCCAGGACAGAGAGGGCUGCCUGGUAAGGAUGGACCCCAGGGACGAGUAGGUCCUCCAGGACCUAUGGGAAGCCCUGGGGCACCUGGGGCCCCAGGAUCAAGUGGACCACCAGGACCAAUGGGUGAUCAGGGACUGCCCGGGCCUCCUGGCACUAAAGGCGAGCGGGGGGAGAGGGGUGACAUACAGUCUCAGGCGGCUGUCCGUGCCAUAGCACGACAAGUUUGCGAGCAGCUAAUUCAGAGUCACUUGUCUCGCUACAACUCCAUCCUGAACCAGAUUCCUAGUCAGACUGUUUCAGUACGGACAGUUCCAGGUCCUCCAGGUGAGCCUGGUCGGCCAGGGCCUCCGGGGCCACAAGGAGAGCAGGGUCCAUCUGGCAGACCAGGAUUCCCUGGAGCCAGUGGACAAAACGGCAGUCCAGGAGAGAGAGGUCUACCGGGAGAAAGAGGCGAGAAAGGCAGCCCAGGGGUAGGGACACAGGGCUCCCGCGGUCCCCCAGGACCCCAAGGGCCUCCAGGAGAAGGUCGAACAGGCAGUCAGGGCCCUCCAGGGAGACCUGGCAUUCUGGGCACCCCUGGACAUCCAGGUACCCCUGGUAACCCUGGCCCUGCAGGACCCCCUGGCUACUGCGACCAGAACUCCUGCCUCGGGUACAACGGUGGAGGUCCAGAGCAGUAUGGGAAUGACUACUGAGAAACAUUCUCUAAGAGCCAACUGCUCUUCCCGUCUCUCCCCUUAUUUCUAUAUCCAACCCUCCUUCCAUGGGCCGAAACCAAAGACUUUAUCUGGGGAAAAUUUUUUCCAAGAACUCCAAGAUCUCCUCCUGCAAUCCCUCUGGUUCCCCUACCCUCAAAAUGUCACCACUAUUACAAAGCCAUUCCCUUUUUAACCCCUCUGAACAUCAUACAAGUUUCAGUUUCAGUCUGCUUGACCACUGUGAUGCUCAUGUAGAUCUUAUUGGGUCUUGACCUGACACAUUCUGAGAUUGUACAGUAAAAUUUGUCAUAUUUUACUGUACAACCUUUUCUGACACUAUCUUUCUUAAAAGUUGAGUUCUUUAAAGCCUGCGUCUGAAUUCCCGUACUCUCAAAGUAUGUUCCGAAUUGAAUUAAGAAAUUAAGAACGUACUUUUCGACCCUUGAUUAAUUAAGUUUUUUAGGUAUGCAGGUGUGUAGUUUGGAUACAUUCCCAGACAAACUACAUCCUUUGAUUUGUAUGUUCUUGUAAAUAUGACGUGCUAACAGCAACCACAAAAAUGAUUUACUCAGAUGUUGUUAAACUAGUACAAUUCAACCAUGAGUACCAACUUUCUUGGUACCUAUAGCACUUUUGCUUCAAAACAGCCGCUUGGCUCACAAGUCUCCACCUUAUUUAAUGCAACUUUUCAAAUCUGCUGCAUAUUCAGACAUACUCAUUUGGCACCUUUUGCAAACUAUAUAGUAUGGAAGUAUGCAUAUUUGGAUGUGGAGCAUUUCUAAACUAAGCUAAUUACCGGAAAGUUUCAAAGGCUGCUCAAAUCUCUUCUUCCUGUCUGUUCUAACAUUAUGCCUUUAUCUCUUUGCUACUUCCUUCUCUUGCUAACUCAACGCCUGCUCACUUGGUGGUGGUGACUGAAAAAGAUGACAACGGAUCUAAUUCCCCCAUGUUCCCAUAGUACAACAGUUACCCUCAGGCCCCUACCAAAACUACGGCCCCGCCACGAACUAUAACAACGAGGAGGAUGAGGAGGACCCAUAUGAUGGCUACCGUGGCUACCCUCCUCUGUACUACCAACCCAGCAACCCUGACCCCCAUGCCUUCAGGCCUGGCCCCGUCCACCCUGGUGACAUGCCAGGGAUGAGUUCACCUGGCAUGCGUCGCUUCUCUCGCAGCACGACUGAAGAGGGGAGCGUUGAUGAGUCGGGAGCACAGGUGAAGGCCUAAUAGCUCGGGUGACCAGCCCCAGCAAACCGAUCGUCCACACACACACUUUUCAUCAGAAUAUCCUGCAGGAUAUGACUGAGGGAACUCUGAAAAGUGCCUGCUAUAUGCAUCCUUAUGGGGAGUGGGUGGGUACUGUGGAGAAGAUUGGAAAAUGAAACUGUGCCGAUAUCCAUUCAGUGACUUUUUUGUCAUUUGUGAGUUUGCAUGUGGCAAAUGAGACGACAAGCAAGUUUAAACAAAGCAGUGGUUUUGAGUUAUGUGUAGUCCAUAUCUUUUGUAAAUGAUAAUGGGGAUAUCUGUACAUUUUUUGUCAUUUUUAAGAGAUAGUUUACCAAAAAAUAAAAAUUGUUGUAAUUUGUUCACCCUCGUGCCAUACUAGCCCAGUAUUAUUUUCUUCCAUUAAACACAAAAUGAGAUCUUGCGCAGAAUGUCCGAGUAGCUCUUUUCCAUAAAAGUGGAUAGUGAUUUUAAAUACAAAUCUUAUGGUAUGAUUGAUGCACUGCGAAUGAUGCUGAAUCGGUCUCCCUACACUCUCAAACUACUUACACUGGCGGCCAAAAGUUUGGAAUAAUGUACAGAUUUUGCUCUUAUGGAAAGAAAUUGGUACUUUUAUUCACCAAAGUGGCAUUCAACUGAUCACAAUAUAUAGUCAGGACAUUAAUAACGUGAAAAAUUACUAUUACAAUUUGAAAAAAAAAAUUCUGAACUUCUUAAACUACUUCAAAGAGUUUUCAUUAAAAAGUCCUCCACAUGCAGCAAUGACAGCUUUGCAGAUCCUUGGCAUUCUAGCUGUCAGUUUGUCCAGAUACUCAGGUGACAUUUCACCCCACACUUCCUGUAGCACCUGCCAUAGAUGUGGCUGUCUUGUCGGGCACUUCUCACACACCUUACAGUCUAACUGAUCCCACAAAAGCUCAGUGGGGUUAAGAUCCAUAACACUCUUUUCCAAUUAUCUGUUGUCCAAUGUCUGUGUUUCUUUGCCCACUCUAACCUUUUCUUUUUGUUUUUCUGUUUCAAAAGUGGCUUUUUCUUUGCAAUUUUUCCCUUAAGGCCUGCACCCCUGAGUCUUCUCUGUACUGUUGAACAUGAAACUGGUGUUGAGCGGGUAGAAUUCAAUGAAGCUGUCAGCUGAGGACAUGUGAGGCAUCUAUUUCUCAAACUAGAGACUCUGAUGUACUUAUCCUCUUGUUUAGUUUUACAUCUGGCCUUCCACAUCUCUUUCUGUCCUUGUUAGAGCCAGUUGUCCUUUGUCUUUGAAGACUGUAGUGUACACCUUUGUAUGAAAUCUUCAGUUUUUUGACAGUUUCAAGCAUUGCAUAGCCUUCAUUCCUCAAAACAAUGAUUGACUGAUGAGGUUCUAGAGAAAGCUGUUUCUUUUUUGCCAUUUUUGACCUAAUAUUGACCUUAAGACAUGCCAGUCUAUUACAUACUGUGGCAACUCAAAAACAAACACAAACACAAAGACAAUGUUAAGCUUCAUUUAAUGAACCAAAUAGCUUUCAACUGUGUUUGAUAUAAUGGCAAGUGAUUUUCUAGUGCCAAAUUAGCAAUUUAGCAUGAUUACUCAAGGAUAAGGUGUUGGAGUUUUUUUUACAUCAGUAUUGUCCUGACUAUACUUUGUGAUCAGUUGAAUGCCACUUUGGUGAAUUAAAGUACCAAUUUCCUUCUGAAACAGCAAAAUCUGUACAUUAUUCCAAACUUUUGCCCACCAUUGUAUAUAUUUGUAUAUGUCUGAAUAUUUUGCAAUAUACUUUAAAUACUGUAUAUUGAUUCUACGCUAAUAAUAAACAAAUUUAAAUCAGUAGUUUUAUAUUUUCCUAUUGUUCUUUAUCCAAUUAUGUAAUUCACAAUGCUUUGUGGGAUAGUAGUUAAUUCCCUCAUUUAAGACGUGAAGUAUACAGUCUUGUACCUUUGUCUUUUUGUUCGAUUUGCAAACACUUUUUUUUUUUUUUUUCCUUCAAAUCAAAGUUUGUAAUGUUGUGAGUCACCUUGGAGCUGGUUGGUUUGGUUCAUUGCUUCAUCAUAAAAUCCUCAACUUUUAUGUAGGAUUUUAUGACAUCUCAAUGUAAAAAAUUAAUGGGAAAAACACUUUAAAAGUGGGCAGGCACUGUUGGGCUCUAUUAUUUAUUGAUAAUAUUCCCCUCACCCGUUGCUCUCAAAUAUCAGUCUUGGUCACAUUUGUAAGCACAGUACAAUUGGUCACACAACACAUGAGAAUCACUGCUGUUUGACGUCAAUAUUGUCAAACCUGGAGAAUGGCUCCAUUUGAAUUGAUAAUGAGUACCAAUGAUUUUUGAAUGCAAAGAUGGGAAUACUAUCAGUGAAUAAGGAUCUGAAUUAGUUCUGUCCUUCACACAAAGCAAUCAUAUGGCUUACGAAGACAUGGAAUAUAGAGCACCAGUUGUAUGGACUACUUUUAUGUCUUAUGGUGCUUUUUGUACUUGGCAUUUAAAAUCACAGAUUUGUUGUAUGGAAAAGAGCAGCUCAGACAUUCUACCCAAGAUCUUUUUUUUCUUUUUUUUUUUGUGGUUAAGUGUUGGAAUAACAUGUGAGUAAAUGAUGACUAAAAUGUCAUUCGUGAUUUAGCAUGUUACAACGUUCACAGUUUUACAGCAUAUAGCAUUUAUAUGGAACUGGCUGCUUUAUUUUAUUUAGAGGAAAAAAAUACCUCCGUUUAUGCUUUUGAUGUUCUUGUCACUAACAAUUAUUUAUGAAAUGCUUAAUUAUUAACCAUACUCAAAACCUGUUAAUGAACCAAAUCUAACCUCUCCAUUUAUUAUCUGGUACUUUAAAGUCAUUUUGUCUGGAUCAUAAUUGUAUUAUCACAUAUUAACGUGAACUUUCUGUGCAUAUGGUCUUGUUAGACGACGUGUCAUACAAUCUGUGUGGAUGCAAACUGUGUUUUUAUAAGAGCUCUGCGUGGAGUUAUUUCCGGUGU